AUGCCUAUUGUACACGUUGUCUUGUUCAAGUUCAAGGAGGGUAUCGAGCCAUCGGUGGUAAAAGACAUGUGUGACAGAGUGAUCGCACUCAAGAAUACUUGUAUCCAUCCCGAGACACAAAAGCCCUAUAUGAAGUCAUAUGGCGGUGGAAAGAACAACAGCCCUGAGGGAGCAGCAGGUGGCCUCCAAUAUGGUUUCGUGUCCGAAUUUGAGUCGGAGGCCGAUAGAGACUACUACCUGACCAAAGACCCUUCUCAUCUCAAGCUUGUAGAGGAUGUGGGGAAGAUUGUCGAAAAGGCCACUGUCGUUGAUUUCGAGCCUGGCGUUUUGUCGUAG